CUGGGCAUGAUGAGCUACUUCCAGGCCAACGGAGAGGUGGUGCCCGUGACGGUGGUGGGCUUCAAGGAAGGCAAUAUCGUGACGCAGGUGAAGACGGAAGCAACUGACGGAUACAGUGCAGUCCAGGUCGGGUACCAAAGGGUGAGGGAGAGAAAAUUGACUAAACCCGAAAUGGGUCAUCUCCAGAAGGCUGGUGCCAUCUCCAUGCGCCAUCUUCAGGAGUUUCGCCUUCUCUCCGUCGACGCUUUUCAGCCCAACCAGCGUCUCGUCUUCGAUCAAAUCUUCCAGGAGGGCGAUCUUGUUGACGUCUCCGGCACCACCAUCGGCAAGGGUUUCCAAGGUGGAAUCAAGCGUCACAACUUCAAGAGGGGUCUAAUGACCCAUGGUUCUAAGAGUCACAGACAACUAGGAUCAAUCGGUGCUGGAACUACACCUGGCCGUGUAUACAAGGGAAAGAAGAUGCCUGGUAGGAUGGGAGGAACCAAGAGGAAGAUUAGAAAGCUUAAAAUUGUCAAAAUUGAUAAGGAUCUUAAUGUGGUUAUGAUCAAAGGUGCUGUCCCUGGUAAGCCAGGGAAUCUUCUGCGAAUAACUCCAGCCAAGAUUGUUGGGAAGAACAUUCCAAAAAGUUGAUGUGUGUCAUGGUUUUUUGUUUUUAUCGUUUUUCUUAAUUCUUAAAUUCCUGUUUAUUAUCUUCUUAGCGUUAGUGUUGGCCUUGAUUAAUUGUCUGUAACUCUGUGCCCUUAUUGUUUAUUACUCCUCCAUCAUAAA